CAGCGACCAUGGUUCGGUUAAUCACCCACAAUUUACUCGCAUGCCAUGUCAAAGGAUGUACUACAAAUAAUUUUCCACUCAUAUUUCAGGAUGUCGAAGUUGAACUACAAGAAACAGAAUUCAACCCUGACUUCAUCCGGAAUAUGCUGUCUCGAUUGGAAUGGACUGCGUUGGUAAAUGCUGCGAAGCAGGUCGGAGACACAUCGCUACCUCCAGAACAACCAGACAUGAUGGACGACGAGCUACUUCAGAAGCUUCAUCAUGUUUUAAUGGAGAUCAAUGUUACUGAUGGUGCGAUGGUCUGUCAAAAUUGUAACCACAUAUACCCCAUAUCUAAUGGGAUCCCAAACAUGUUAUUGGCCGAACAUGAAAUCGGCUAAAUCAUGAAUAAAAAAUUGUAGCUUACUCUGAGAUUUUGCUAUUGGCCACUUCAUUCUCGAUGGCAAGGCGCACUAUUAACCUCAAAAAUGACCUUCACGUGUUGGACAUGUUCCGUCGAUCUUAUCAUGCACUCGAUCACAGUGUUCGCGACCGACAACCAUGGGUAUUCAACAGGUUCCUAAUAAAUAGCAAUGCUGUGACACAAUCCGCAUCUCUCUUAUGUGCACUGGUGUCGCCAGACCUAGAGGAUGUGUAGUACAACGAUAAAUUAUUCCAGCACGCCCUUUCUUUAUGACCAUAGAUGGCCUCGAUGAUCGAUGUUCCGAACUGUGGGUAAUCAAGGGCAGCCUGAGGAAGCGGAAGGAAGUGUUCCGUUCAACUCAGUUUCUUACUGAUUUUGUAGAAGUGCGUAGUCUCCUCGGCCAAGGACACCCACCUUCCAUCGUCGA